GCAGCGCAUUAAGAACGCACGCGAUCCCCCUCCGGAGCGCCUGCCUUAGUGAUUCGGGCGGCGGCGGCGGAAAGAAACGGGCUUCGAUACAAACGCGCAUUUAUCGGGGGCAGAGUAGCGCAGCACAGCAGCCGAAGGAUUGAUCUGCUUCAGUAUCAGCCUAGGAAGGCAGAAGUGACACAUAACUAGAUAUUGUGGAAGGCAGAGCGCGGUGUCUUUGCGCAGGAUCGCGCUAUAGGCAUUUACUGCUUUCCCUCUAUUUCCAACCCAAUGCCGAGGCUUCCGUGCGUGAGUGUCUGGUGUCCCACCUAAGAGUGGAAAGUGGAGACAUAUAUGAGGAGUUGGUCUCCGGCUUUGACGGUGGGGUCGGUCGCUGCGGAAAGCCCAGAGGAAGAGCGUCUGCCCGACGGCGGGGAUGAGGAAGAGCAGGAGCGUGCUGACCGUGUCGCCCGACGAUGACAGUAGGGAGGACUGUGAGGUCACUGAGCCCUCCACUGCCUACACCCUGGGUGUCGACUUGCGUCGGGGACGCAGGCGUCACUCUGGCACCUUACAGCUGCCCCCGUUGUCAUGGAGACAGGCCGAGAGGUCGCGCACCCCCGAUGAUGACCUGAUGUCCCGGCCCACCACCCUGCCCUUUAUGAACCCGCCCCGCAUCGACAUCACACCUGUCGACCCCGAAAGCUUUGAUGUGGAGAAUGGCCCGUCCUCUGGAUGCAGCCCCCUGGACCCCCAGGCCUCCCCCGGAUCGGGGCUGGUCCUGCACCCCAACUUUCCUGGCCACACGCAGCGGCGCGAGUCAUUCCUGUACCGCUCCGACAGCGACUACGACCUGUCGCCCAAAUCCAUGUCACGCAACUCCUCCGUGGUCAGCGAGGUACAUGGCGAUGACCUGAUAGUAACACCGUUUGCUCAGGUUCUGGCAAGUCUUCGAAGUGUAAGGAACAACUUCACAGUGCUCACCAAUGUACACUGUGCCUCCAACAAGAGGUCACCAGUGGCGAACCAGCCGCAAAUCACCAGAGUCUGUCUGCCCGAGCCCCGGUCUGUUCCCGUAAGAGGAAGUCCGUGUCAGAUUUUCGCGCUGAGCUCAGGCUUAGUGAGACCCGUGGAUGCUGGCAGGCUUGGCAGCUCUCACACCAAGGAGUCUUAUCAGAAGCUGGCAAUGGAGACUAUGGAAGAGCUUGACUGGUGCCUGGACCAGCUGGAGACCAUCCAGACCUACCGCUCCGUCAGCGAGAUGGCUUCCAACAAGUUCAAGAGGAUGUUGAACCGGGAGCUGACUCACCUGUCGGAAAUGAGCCGCUCUGGGAACCAGGUGUCCGAGUUCAUCUCCAACACCUUCCUAGACAAGCAGAACGACGUGGAGAUCCCGUCUCCCACGUCCAAAACGCGGGAGAAGAAGAAGAAGCAGUUAAUGACACAGAUCAGUGGGGUAAAGAAGGUGACACACGGCCCCAACGUCUCCAACUCUAGCAUCCCUCGCUUUGGAGUUAAAACUGACAAGGAGGAGCAGCUCUCAAAGGAGCUGGAAGACCUGAACAAGUGGGGCCUCAACAUUUUCAAAGUAUCUGAGUUCUCCAACAACAAGCCACUCACAUGCAUCAUGUACGCCAUCUUUCAGGAAAGGGACUUGAUGAAGACGUUUAAGAUCCCCGUUGACACAUUUGUGACCUUCAUGAUGACGUUAGAAGACCACUACCACUCUGACGUGGCUUACCACAACAGCCUGCAUGCGGCCGACGUGGCCCAGUCCACUCACAUCCUCCUCUCCACACCUGCUUUAGAUGCCGUCUUCACAGACCUGGAAAUCCUUGCUGCCAUCUUUGCCGCAGCCAUCCAUGAUGUUGACCACCCGGGAGUCUCCAAUCAAUUUCUAAUCAACACUAAUUCAGAGCUGGCCCUCAUGUACAACGACGAGUCGGUCCUGGAGAACCACCACCUGGCUGUGGGGUUCAAGCUGCUACAGGAGGAGCACUGCGACAUUUUCCAGAACCUCAACAAGAAGCAGCGGCAGUCACUGCGGAAGAUGGUCAUUGACAUGGUGCUGGCAACUGACAUGUCCAAGCACAUGAGCUUACUGGCAGACCUGAAAACCAUGGUGGAGACUAAGAAGGUAACCAGCUCUGGAGUGCUGCUGCUGGACAACUACACAGACAGGAUACAGGUCCUCCGCAACAUGGUUCACUGCGCGGACUUGAGCAAUCCCACCAAGUCCCUGGAACUGUAUCGACAGUGGACAGAUCGAAUCAUGGACGAGUUCUUCCACCAGGGGGACAAGGAGCGGGAACGGGGCAUGGAGAUCAGCCCCAUGUGCGACAAACACACAGCAUCUGUGGAGAAAUCCCAGGUGGGCUUCAUCGACUACAUCGUACACCCUCUCUGGGAGACCUGGGCAGAUCUAGUACACCCAGAUGCACAGGAUAUCUUGGACACGUUGGAAGACAACAGGAACUGGUACCAAAGCAUGAUCCCUCAGAGUCCAUCGCCACCAUUUUACGAGCAAGACAAAGGCUCUGGCAAUGGAGACAAAUUCCAAUUCGAGCUGACACUGGAGGAGGAAGACUCAGAGGGCACGGAGCGGGACGAGCAGAGUCAGGGGGAGGACAGCCCAAGCGGGACACGCUCUUCCCCGGUAUACUGUGAUGACCCAGGGGCUGAGGAGGACCCCCCAGAGCCCACACACAUCGAGAUCAUCACACAAGACGCGUCACCCGUCGACACGUAGCCUCCCUCGCGUGCCCCAACCAUGCCGCUACCGUCGACGUUGGCAGAUUCAGCCGUGAGGAAGAAUCCCACGGUCCUGCUUUUUAGAAGCCUGGGUGUUGACUUUGGCUGGACCGGAGCCGUUUUCUGGGGUCGGGAAUGGGCGGUGUCAGUGGAAUCAUGAAGGAUUUCUCGGGAAAUUGCUGCAGUCACUUGGAACUGGUUGACAGCCCAUGCCAUGUGACAUUGAGGCGGGAGUAAUGAAGGAUUAAGACCGAUCAGGAACCCUUAGUGGACUCGCAUUGUGUUGCUGACACUACUGAGAGAUUUUUCACAACGUGUGUCCCUUUUUUGUAAUGGGAUGUCAUGAGGUAGCUUAUGAACUACUGAUAUACAUGUAUUUGUACCGCACACAGUUUGCUCUUUUCUGUCACGGUUGUCUAAAGACUGUGUGCCUUUUUUACAGUUGUCUUUUUAAGAUUUUUUUUUUAUUUAUUGAACACAGUCAAUGUUUAAGGAUGUUUUUAACUGAAGGCUCAAGAGCAGAAUAUUUCGUUUCUCAGUUAAAGAGAGAAUACAAGUCUUCCUUAUUGCUGAUUUUGGGCAAUAUCUAAGCUAAUACACACUGGCUCUCUGGAUGGACUUUCAACAAAACAUUUAUUCCCACAGAAGCUUUCAGGCAUAUUUGUAUAACAGUCAUGGGAGAUGGAAACAAAGGGGGGGGGGGGGCAAAUGGACAUGUUUUAACAUGAGCACAAUGCUUUAUUUUAUUAUAUUAUUAUUAUUCUUUUUUUACUGGGACUGAUAAUUCGUAUAUGAACACCCAGAAAAUUUUGAUUUCAAUGCAGAAGAGCAGAGUUCUAACGGUGAACAUGUGGUAUAAUUUAGUCUCUAUAUUCCAACUGUUCAACACAUAAUUUUAUUUUCCUUUAGUCUUUUCCACUUACUUUGCCCCUGGUUAUACCAGCUCAAACCCAGAUGAAUUGGGAAUUAAAGACCAAAUGGUUAGCAAUUUUGGCAGUGUAGACUUUACCCCAAAGUUGAGUAAAAAGGAAGUUUAGAAUGCUCUAAAUUUCUUCUUUGUCUUUCAAUCUGCAGCAGUUUUGCACAUUUGACAGUUGUCAGUCAGCCCAAGCAGUAAUUAUCUUCUGGCAACUGAGGAUUUUGAAUACAAGGAAAUAUUUUGGGCUCCUAAGGAAAUAAUAUCUAAUUAUAUAAUAUGCAACUGUAAAACAAAAUAUCUAGGCCGCACAGUUUACUCAUAACUUGCAACGUGAUAUUGCAAUUAGUUUUUUUUAUGAUUUACUUUUAGGGUGAUUUAAUGUUUUUUCGUAGUAUCUGUGCAAUUAAAACUGAGGCGUAACCAAAAAUGCUAUUAUCUUUGCUUAUUCACGGCAUGGUGUUUCAGCUUUUUCAAUAUGGGUUGUUUUUUGGAAAAGAAUGCUCAAAGAUUGUUCCCUGGGAGAAGCUGAACCCCCCCCCCCCCCCCCCCCCCCCCGGGACUGGAUUUCACUGAAUACUCCUUGAAGCAGAACAGUUCUUUUUGUUGAUUUCUCUUCUUUGUGUAGGAUGCGGUUGGCAGAAUUUUAUUUUUCUGAAAACCGUACGCUGAAAGCCGUGUUGUCUUCUGCUCUAAAAUGGGUGUGCAUCGAGGUGGGCUGAAAUGGAACCAUUCAAGGAACGUGACUCCCAGAACAUUUGUCUCUGUCCAUGCGUGUGUGCGUGUGCCUGCCUGUGUGUGUGAGAGAGAGAGAGUGCUUGUUUCUUUAUGUUUGGAGAUGGUGACUUCAGCCACUCCGUCUCUCCUCCUUGCACCUGAGCCUAUGUUGGGUCAUUUGCUGUUUAUAACAGUGUAUUUAAUACUUUUCCUUGUAAAUAAAACAAUGUUUCUUGUAAAGUUUAUUUUUAAUUUAUAUGCACUAACGUCACCUAAAAAGAUGGGGACGGUAACAUGUGGAAGACUCUGAGUUAGAGUCUUUUUAAUAGUUAUAUAUUUUUAUUUUAUUUUUUUUUUGUUUGUUUUCUUUUUUUUUUUUUUUUUUUUAAUAUUGCACAACAUUCGAGUGCCCUGAACAGUAGCUAAAAGAGACAUACUCAACCCAUAGGAUGCAAAAGAUGUGUAAUCCUGCUGACAAAUGUACGAACUGGCAAGAAAUAGAGGAAAAUACAGCUGUGGAAUUGGUAGGGCCCAUAGGAUGAUUGUGACGCCUUAGCUUCUAACUCCACAAACAGCUAAGCGUCAUGAAUUCAGAUCGCUGUUCAUCUUGAACAAAGCUCAUUAGCUCGUUAUAGCGUGACGAACAUCAAUACACAGCUUAGUCCAUAACGGGGAAAAAAAAUGUAAAUUAAAUGAAAAUAUCGGUGGCAUGUUUCAAUUACUAUAAACACCAAUGUGAACUGAUAUGACACACAAGUUGUGAUCUCGUCAUUCUUGUGCUAAUGUGAACUAUUUUCUGACCAGAUGUGUUAGCAGUUUUAAAAAUCAAGUUGUCUGUUUAACAUCAUAACCUAUGUUUAAGCUUUGGGUCCAAAUAGUAUCCAAAUGGUUUUCCAGAAUAGCACUAUCUGCAUGACCAAUGGGUUUGUAUGUCUGUUGAACACUGCGUUGUUCCAGGUGGUUAUUUUAAUGUUUUUUCCAAAAUGUUUCACACAAUGUAUGGUAUAGUAUUGUAUAUUGUGUUCUACACAAUCUUAAAUACUUUUUCAACAAAGUUAUUAAAAAGAAAGCAUGACUAUAUA